AUGGCUCCAAAGACGAUCCUUCUCACAGGCGCCAAUGGCUUCGUAGCAGGGCACAUCUUGAAUGUGCUUCUUGACGCGGGAUAUAAUGUGCUCGGGACAGUUCGAUCGACUAGCUCUGCUGAAAAGGUCAAAGUUACACAUGGAAGAUAUGGGGACAAGCUUUCCUUCGCUUUGGUACCGGACAUAGAAGCUCCUGGUGCUUUCGACGAGGUUAUCAAGAAUGUUGACGGCGUCAUCCACAGUGCUUCGCCAUUCCAUUAUCCUGUGGAAGACAAUGAAAAGCAAUUGUUCCAACCAGCAGUCAACGGGACACUACGCAUGCUCGAAGCUGUCCACGCAUCAGGUAAUGAACGCAUAAAGCGAGUUGUCAUGACUUCUUCUUUUGCAGCAGUUCUGGAUACCACAAAAGGCCUGAAUCCCGGCAGGGUGUACACCGAAGCUGAUUGGAACCCCAUGACCUGGGAUCAGGCCAAAGUCGCAGAUGGCAGUGCUGCCUAUUGUGCAAGCAAAUCUUUUGCGGAGAAGGCUGCCUGGGAAUUUGUUGAGAAGCAUAAGCCAGCCUUCAGCGUAGUCGCUUUAUGCCCGCCUAUGGUCUAUGGCCCCCCUGUACACCUUGUGGAGUCAAUGGAGAAACUCAACACCAGCUCCAAGGUGAUCUGGAAUCUCAUCAAUGGCUCGCAAAGCACUGUACCGCCGACCAGCUUCCCAGCGUUUGCAUAUGUACCUGACCUUGCUCUCUCCCAUCUUGCCGCGCUGGAGCGUCCAGAGGCAGCCAAUAAGCGUUACAUCAUCACCAAUGGCCCUUACAUAAAUGAAUGGCUUUGUGACUUCAUCGAAACCAAGUUUCCGCAGCUGAAAGGCAAAGUCCCAAAGCGUGACAGUGACAAACCACUUCCAGAAUUCUUUAGAGUGGACAAUGCUCGGGCAACGAAGGAGUUGGGUAUGAAGUGGACCUCUUUUGAGGACGCAUUUGGGAACGCCGUCCAAAGCCUGCUAGAUCUUGAGAAGAAGCUCGCUGAAUAA